AUGUUGGGUCUUUCAGUACUUAAGAAGACAUCACUAAAUAAUAUUACCAAAAAUGUAGCCAGGUGGAAGUCGUUCCAUGUAACUCAGAGUUUGCGUUCUCCGGCCACUGCUACCGCUGGCUCCAAAGCCGAAACUAAGACCCCUCCCCCUAAACCCGAGGAUAAUAGAAUUGAAGUAUUUGUCGAUGGCAAAUCUGUGCUUUGCGAUCCAGGUAUGACGGUUUUACAAGCGUGCAGUUUGGUCGGAGUUGAAAUCCCUCGAUUCUGCUACCAUGAGCGUCUCUCAAUUGCUGGCAGUUGCCGUAUGUGCUUGGUUGAGGUUGAAAACUCUGUAAAACCUGUUGCCAGCUGUGCCAUGCCUAUUUGGAAAGGCAUGAAAAUCAAAACGGACUCAGAAAUGACCCGUAAAGCCCGGGAAGGUGUCAUGGAAUUUCUACUGGUCAACCAUCCUCUCGACUGUCCAAUCUGUGAUCAGGGCGGUGAAUGUGACCUUCAGGAUCAGUCCAUGGUCUUCGGUUCCGAUCGAUCCCGUUUCACUGACAACUCAUUUUCGGGCAAACGGGCUGUUGAAGAUUUUAACAUGGGUCCACUAAUUAAAACCUGUAUGACUCGAUGCAUUCACUGUACUCGUUGUGUUCGUUAUGUUAAUGAAGUUUGUGGAGUUUCUCAUCUUGGUACCACCGGACGUAGUAACAACAUGCAAAUCGGCACAUAUGUUAACCGCAUGAUUGAAAGCGAACUUUCUGGAAACGUUGCCGAUCUGUGUCCAGUGGGCGCCUUGCUCUCAAAACCCUAUUCAUUUGUUGCUAGACCUUGGGAAACUCGUCGAAUUGAAUCCGUCGAUGUUAUGGAUGCUGUUGGGUCAAAUAUUGUGAUUUCGAUGCGAACUAACGAAGUUCUGCGUAUUCUACCCCGUUUGAAUGAAGAUGUGAAUGAGGAGUGGUUGGCAGAUAAGUCGCGCUGCGCUUGCGACGGUCUCAAACGCCAACGUCUUGUUGUUCCACUAAUGCGCCGCAAGAAUGGUGAUCUGCAUGAAAGGUCAUCCUGGGAGGAGGCUCUUAUUGCAAUUGGGGAGAAAUUUGUAUCUCUGGGCUCUACUUCACCCGCAAAGUGCCAGCCUAAUCAAAUUGCAGUUAUUGCUGGUCCUUUCGCUGAUGCGGAAGCCCUUAUGGCCGCAAAGGAUUUGGCUAAUAUGAUGAAUUCUGAGCUCGUUUUUACUGAAGAAAGCUUUCCUUCAAAUAGGACGGAUAUACGCUCACACUACAUCUUCAACUCUAAGAUUGUUGGAAUUGAUGAAGCUGAUUUGGUCCUUUUUAUUGGAACCAAUCCUCGAUUUGAAGCUCCGCUGAUUAAUGCUCGUGUUCGCAAGAAUUGGCUCAACAAUGAGCUUGAUGUUGCUCUGAUUGGUGAACAAGUUGAUCUCACCUACGACUAUGAGCACCUUGGAGCCUCUACAUCUAUUAUCAAUGAAAUAAUUGCCGGUAAACAUCCAUUCGCAAAGCGGUUAGCAGCAGCCAAGAAUCCUCUCAUUAUUGUGGGUUCUGAGGCCCUCCAACGUCCUGACGGUGCAGCCCUCCACUCUGCUGCCCAAAAGCUCGCUCUACAGACGGCUUCAACGCCUGAGGAGGGUUUACGUCGAUUCAAUGUCCUCCAUCGCUACGCCUCUCAAGUUGCCGCAUUGGAUUUGGGCUAUAGAGCUGGCUUGGAAGGGCUUCGUACUUCUAAACCCAAGGUGGCUAUCCUCUUGGGUGCGGAUCAGGGAGGCCUUUCUCGUGCUGAUCUGCCUGAGGACUGUAUGGUUAUUUAUAUCGGUCAUAACGGUGACCACGGAGCGCAAAUGUCGAACAUUGUCUUGCCAGGUGCUGCAUACACCGAGAAGCAAGGAAUUUACGCCAACAUGGAAGGCCGAGCUCAGUUUACUCAGCCUGCAGUUGCUCCUCCUGGCGAUGCUCGUCAAGACUGGUCCAUCCUCCGUGCCAUCUCCGAUGUUUCCGGUUGCCCCCUAGCCUAUGAUGACCUUGAAGGUAUACACUUGCGUAUUAGCCAAGUUGCUCCUAAUCUCCUCGAAAUGGAUAGAGUUCAGCCCGUUGAUUCAUCCUCUCUCAAGGUUGCUGUCAAUGACGUUGAAGCACAGUACCAAAAUGCGUCCAAGAAUCUUGACACAAAGAUGCCAUUGACCGUUUCUAUGAAGGAAUUGCAUCAAUACUUUAUGACUGAUGCUAUCAGUCGGGCCUCUCAAACAAUGUCGCGUUGUGUGAAAGCAUUCAAGACACAUGUCCCUCCAGAAAACUCUAAUUUCAACGAGUAA